ACAAAAGAGCCCAGUAACUCUACUAGCAAAAAUCCAUUUGGAGUAAACCAGCCAUUCAGUCUCCCCAAGAUGAAGACUGGUUCUAUGUUAAACAUGCCUAAAGAUGUCCUUCAGAAACUAGCUGCAAUGUCAACCCUGAAUCCUAAUGCACCCAGGAACUCGAGGAACUUUGUUUUUCAGACUGUUUCUCCACAAAAGCAAGCUGGAUCAGCAGAGAAACCUAAAUCUAAGGUAAGAAAGAAUAUUAGUGCUGUUUCUUCUUCUCCUAAACGUUUCAAAUCGAACAGCUCCACUUCUACCAACAGCAAGAGCCGCAGUAUUUUCCCUCUCUUAGAAAACUAG